ACUUUGCGCUCCGCCCUUGGCCAGUAGUGUGUAGUCUAUGGUGGAGCUGCUUUCAUUACACUGGGCGACUGGGACGAGCUGCCACAUAUUUCUCCGGAUUCUGUGUUUCAAAAAUAAUUGGAUGAGGGAAAAGUUCAUAUUUUUUCCUGUGAGAUGAAGUACUCGCCACUAAUAUUGUGUGGAUACCAGCUCGGGAGCAAUAGUUGAACUACGAGAACCAUAUUACGGACCAGCCUGUGGGUUUAACAGCGGGGUCACCGCCAACGAGGAAAGCAGAACGUCUGCCGGAGAGUUCAGCGGUCCCAACACGACUACAAUGGGAGACAUGACGGCAGAUCCGAAGGAUCUGGUCAUGAAGCUGUUUGAGAACUUUGCGCAGGCGCCGGCCUGUAAGUGCACACUGCAGGCCUUCAACGUCAUGUGCGCUCAACUGGGGCUGGACCCCCUGGAGCACACCACCUUCUACAGCAGUCUGAAGGACAAGAUGACCACGUGGAAAGCCAAAGCACUUUGGAGCAAGCUGGACAAGAGGUUCGCACACAAGGAGUACAAGAAGGGACAAGCGUGUGUGGGCACCAAGUGUCUGGUGAUCGGAGGGGGACCCUGUGGGCUACGGACGGCCAUCGAGCUCGCCCUGAUGGGCGCCAAAGUGGUGGUGAUCGAGAAGAGGGACUCGUUCUCCAGGAACAACGUGCUGCACCUGUGGCCCUUCACCAUCCAUGACCUCCGGGGCCUGGGGGCCAAGAAGUUCUACGGGAAGUUCUGCGCGGGAGCCAUCGACCACAUCAGUAUACAGCAGCUGCAGCUCAUGUUGCUUAAGAUUGCCCUGAUUGUCGGAGUGGAGUUUCACAUCAACGUGGAGUUUGUGAAGCUGUUGGAGCCUUCAGAGGACCAGGAGAAUGAAGCGUCGGGCUGGAGGGCUGGCAUCCUGCCUGCGGAUCAUCCCGUGGCUAAUUUUGAGUUUGAUGUGGUGGUCGGCGCAGAUGGACGAAGGAACACACUGGAAGGUUUUAGCAGGACCGAGUUCCGGGGUAAGCUGGCUAUUGCUAUCACGGCCAACUUCACCAACAGGAACACCACGGCUGAAGCUAAGGUGGAGGAGAUCAGUGGGUUGGCCUUCAUCUUUAACCAGAAGUUUUUCCUUGAUCUCAAGGAGGAGACGGGUAUUGACCUGGAGAACAUUGUGUACUACAAAGACAAGACGCAUUACUUUGUCAUGACAGCCAAGAAGCAGAGCCUAUUGGACAAGGGGGUUGUUAUUCACGACUACGUCGACACCCAGAGUCUGCUGUGCAGUAACAACGUCAACCAGGAAGCGCUGCUGUGCUAUGCCCGUGAGGCCGCUGACUUUGGCACCAACUACCAGCUGCCCACCCUGGACUACGCCACCAACCACUACGGGCAGCCGGACGUGGCCAUGUUCGACUUCACCAGCAUGCACGCGUCGGAGCACGCGGCGGUCGUGCGUGAGCGCCACGGGCGCCAUUUGUUGGUGGCACUGGUCGGGGACAGUCUUCUAGAGCCCUUCUGGCCCAUGGGUACGGGCUGUGCUCGGGGCUUCCUGGCCGCCCUGGACACGGCCUGGAUGGUGAGGGGCUGGGCUCAGGAGAGGCCCGUCCUGGAGCUGCUGGCCGAGAGGGAGAGCAUUUACAGACUGCUUCCCCAAACCACACCCGAGAACUUGGCCAAGAACUUUGAUCUGUACACCAUAGACCCUGGAAGCCGGUACCCCAACAAAAACUUCUCAAGUGUCAAGGCAAAGCAGGUACGUCACCUGUAUGUCACCAGAGAGCUCAAUGCCUGCCCUCUGCAGCGGUCUGCAACCAUACGACGGCCUGUCAACAUAGACAGGCGAGAGUCUGAGAUUAGACCGGGUCGACUGCUGACCUGGUGCCAGAAGCAGACAGAGGGCUACAGGAAUGUGUCGGUGACCGACUUGACGUCCUCUUGGCGUAGCGGCCUGGCCCUCUGCGCCUUGAUCCAUAGGUUCAACUCCCAGCUCGUAGAUUUCAGCUCCCUCACCGAGGAGGACGCCGCCGCCAACCUCCAGCUGGCGUUCGACGUCGGCCAGCGGGAGUUUGGCGUGGCGCCGUUCACGUCCGGCCAGGAGCUGUCGGCCGCUCCGGACGUGGACAAGACGCAGAUGAUCCUGUACCUGUCAAAGUUCUACGAGCUGUUCCGCGGCACGCCUCUACCUCAGACAGGUUUAAGGGUUGCUGAUGAAAACAGUGUGGAGUAUCCGUCGAACGACCCGAGACACAUGACCAAUGGGAUUAAUGUCUCUCAACCACGGAAACGAGUGCCCAGGGAGGAGAGGAAAUCGGAGGGCACCCCGGAAUCAGUUUACAAGCGGCGGCGAAAAGGAGGCAGCAGUAGCCAUCUGGAGGAGGGCACUCAUCUGCAGGCUUCCCGGGACUCCUCCGCGCUGCUGGAGGAGACGGCCCCGCGGGAGAACAACCGGGUUCGCUCCAUGGCCACCCAGCUGCAGGCCAUGUUCGAAGGCACCGCCGCUAGCACCGUCCGCAGACAUACCCUACAGUCCUUCACACACUACCCUGGCAUGACGGAGGAUCCCUGUAGCGAAUCAAGGGUGUCGGCCCCGCCAAAGCCCUCCCUCAAGUUUAAAAACUUUGAUAAAGGCUUGCCAGAGUACGCAGCCCUGCAGCCACCCAAAGUGCCGCCCAAACCCCGGAGCAGGGUCACACAAACAUUGCCUCAUAGCGAGCACCCCUCCGACGCCACUCCCCUUCAGCAGCGCCCUCUUUGGGAAGGCCGACGCGCUGAGCAGAGCGCUCAGACGCAGACGCGCGCUCAGACGCCGACCGCGCGCCGGUGUGCGGAGGCGGAGUACGCAGACCUCCCCUCCUCCCCCUCUCCCCCCUCCAACCACUCCGCUGUCCUAGUCAUGAGAAGAAUGCUCCUCCGCCUGAGGGAGGUGGAGGAGCACAUCUCUGAGAAGAAGGCUCAGACUCAACAUGCUAGGGAGUUUCAGAAAAAGAGUAUAAAGGACAAGGCACAUCAUCUUUGUGAUUUGUUGGAUGCCACUAAUGUACCCAAGGGGUCUGUCCAUCAGACAUCGCCACAGUCCACAGAUAAGUGUCACUCCUGUGGGAAGCGCGUCUACGUGGUUGAGAGGAUCAGUACCGAAGGCCUCUACUUCCACAGGGAGUGCUUUCGCUGCAAGACCUGCAAUUCGCCACUGAGCCAGGGCGCGCAUGUGUAUGACUCUGAACAGGGAAAACUUUAUUGCAAAGCACAUUUCGUACAACAUAAAAAUGGGACCCAUCUCCGAAGAAAUAUAAACGGGCGCACAGGUUCUUGUGACCGCCGGGACUCUGUUGAGCCCACAUCCUGUAGUACCAGUCCGGAGAGGCCCCCACACUGCCCCACUGAUGCUAAGAUGAGCCCCUCACCAACAGGUACCCUCACCUCACUGCUCAGGAAGGGCCUGAGCUGGCCCAUGAGUUUGACCCACGCUGUGUGCGGGGCCCCUAGGCAACUGAGCGGCUGGCUGCAGCGCCGCACGCGGGCCCUAGGCGUGCACGUCAGGGCCAAUGGCCGGGACUAUGCAUUCCUCUACGAGCUCCUGAGCGUGGGGUUGCCCCUGCUGCUGGUGCUGCAGGGAGUCCUGCAGCAGAUGUAUGUGGAGGCUGCCCCGGCCGUGGCCCUGUGUUUACAGCCUGCGCUCCGGUGGCUUGAGGAGAAUGCUGGCCUCAGGCUCACAUAGAUGCUGUGCUCGCCUGCUCCUCCCUCUCGCCUCCACACACUCGGACACCACGAUCACAAGUGCAAUCAGAGCUUCUUUAUGUCCGCCAUGGGAUGGCGACAACUUUGUGACGCACGGAAGCACCUUCUCACAGCAACACCGAUGUCUUGUUUUGAUGUUUAUGAAAUAAAUAUAUAUUUUGAAAACAAGACUUUGACCAAAGAAUAUACAUAAAGAUGGUUCCCGUGGCAGCCUCCUUUUUUUUUUUUGAGUUUAAGAUUAUUUUGUAUAUUUGGACUCUUAAGAUGUUUUGUAUAUCUUCAUAUUUAUCAAAGCAGUGUUUCAACGCUGGAAAGAUGUUUUUUGGUAUUUUCAUAAAACAGGGCUAUGCAGUAAAAAUGUGCACAGAUUGUUUCAAUAGGUGCUACAUGACCAGAGAAAAAAAGGUAGGGUCGCUAAUGCUGAAUAAGGUUGACCUAGACGGGUUAAAACUCUCCUAUCUUUAAAAGUGUUCUGUGGGCUUAGGACACACUUGAGAGUAACUUACUGACUGGACUAACGUAGUUGAGGGGAAUAACAUGGACAUUGGUACCUUUCUGUGGUGGAUAGGAUAAAGAAAUUUGCGUUUACUACUUUACAAAAUUACAGAAUGGAUGUUCUUCCUAAACCACGUAUGUUUGCUGAGAUUUUUCUUAAAUCGAGACAUUUUAGUCGUAUUAUCGUUGGAACUUUUCUGCCAUCUGCUGUUCACUUCAAGUAGGCAAAACGAAGUGAAGAAUUCAAUUUUAUUUUAUUUUAACUACAAAACAUUGUACUCAUGCACCUGAUAAAUCAUUUGUCAUAAAUGAUUAAUUCCAUUAUAUAUUUUUAUUUAAUGUGCAGAUGUGAUCUGAAUGUUGGAAUAUAACAAUAUAGAAGUUUGUUACCAUCCCCUUUAUAUAGAUGUAUUAACUGUGUUGUGCUUUUUAAAUGAUACAUAAUUAAUAAAGUAAAUGUUUUGGGAAAUGAAAAGAUAUUACUUUUCUUUUAUUAUUUGGAUUUUAAUGUCUCAGUUAAUAUACACUGCAAUGGUGCACGCAAAGAACAAACAAGGUCCCAAGAUCAACUUUACAUUUCUUCUUUUGAUUGUGAUUUUCUUUGUCAUCUUUCUCCCAAAAUGUCCCUGAAGCUUUAUGACGUUUGAGUUGCGGAACCUUCUGGAUCAUUAAGGGAAAUUACAUAAUGCAGGUGAUUGCACCUGCAUGUCUUGUUGAUGCUGUGGUGUGGCUGCAGUUAUACCCUAUUAUUUACGUUAUCCAUUUGCUCUGAACCAUAUUGUCUAACAUGUUGUGUGUGACACUAAAAAUGAAUAAAGCUUUGAAGUGUUGCCAGGCAUUUUGGGGUUUUGCAAGACAAAAUAUGCACGCCUAACCAAUGGCUCCUAUGUACUUCAUUAGUAUACCACCAGGGGGCACUCCUGUCUCUAUAUUCACGUUUGUAUUCUCUGCAUGGUUUACAAUCAGUGGAAGCAUUCUUGUCUGUACAUUUACAAGGGUUUACAGGAUUUCAAAUUUGAGUACAGGUAAUAGAUUUGAUAAAAAGAAAAUGAAUAACAUAUUUCCCAAAUAUAUGGCUGUGGAUUAUUGUUGGUUAAAGCAGCCUCACCUGGCCUGAGUCUGAUUGGACUUGCGCUGGGCUUGGCUGCACACCUGUUGUUCAUUGAGUAAUCAAUGCGCCCAGGCUCAACCAGCCUCUCACACACGCACACACACACACACACAGGAGAGAUCUCCUGCAUGGCAACAUGGAGCAACCAGCGUCCUGUAUCAUAUCUCCAAACGAUUCGAUAAACCGUCUUUCAACCCUGCAUCCUUGUGUUCGACCUAGGUGGAAGUGUGGCAGCCACCGACAUUGCUGCACUCCACCUAGGUGGCUUUUCUAGGCAUUUUCAGGUGUGCAGCCUCACCCGGCCUAUACUCCAAUCAGCCUCGGGCCAGAAGGGCCUGCUCAAACCAGCCAUCAUCCACACACUCCACAAUGGCAAAUUAACUAGGCUUACUAUUCAACCCAGUUAGUUACUUGGUUAAUAAAUUAAACCAUUCGAUAUAAUUAGAGAAUUACUUGAUAUUUUGAGAAUGGGAGAUAUUCUGGGUGAAUAACUGUCUUUAUAUUUAUAUUUACCUCUAAUGGCUAAUGAUGUGUGACAUGGUUUGUUUCUUAUCUACCUUACUGUUCAUUAAAUGUUGAGUCUAAGGAAUUUUAGCCAUACAAAUAUGUUUCGGACAAAGUUACACCGAAAUGUAAAACCAACUAGUUCUAGCAACACAAGCACCUUUAUGGUGUUUAAUCAAUUAUCUAAUUUUCAUCUAAAUUUAAUCUAAACUUCAGACCAUUCAAUGUGUGCAGCAUUAUAUUUGUACCCACCGGGUAUGUGCUUGUAUAAGAGUUCCCUGAUAUUCACAUUUUUCUACGUUUACAUUUGGUAAACAAUAUGAAUUUGCGAGAUUUGGAUAGUCUCAUGAGGCUAGUCAACAUCCAAUCUCUCUUAGCCGAAGAUGACGGAGGACUAUAAAGAAGACCCGGACAGCUGUGGCCUCCAUCACUUCCUGAGAUAACCUUUCUCAAUUCUUCUUCUGUGUGGUGAUCAUUUAGAAUUGAGAGCACUGAUCUGACAUAUAUGACUAUGUAAAAGGUCUUCAUAUCGAUGAGCAGCAUUCAAUGGAGGUUCAAAUCGAACAGUGGUCAAACUACAUGAAGGGUAAUUUUAGAUAUUAACUUUUUGCAUGAAUUUUAUUUUGGGGAAAGGUAUUUUUGGCUGAACAUGCACAAUGGGUGAACAAUGGCUUCAAGGCAUAGGCCCUACAUUAAGUAUGUCCCCGUUAACAUAAGAAUGCCUAAUUGGCUUAUAUCAGGUUUUAUGAAGUGAAAAAAGCUUCAACAAGCAAACGCAUAACAUGGUAUACUGUAUGUUUCAACCAAAUAAAGGGCACUUUGUGUGGUCCUAUAUGUGAUGUAUAUCUGAUCUCUGGCCAUGUGAACAGUCUGGAGACAGAUCUGGCUAAGUAAAACAAUAAAAAUUAGGUUAAGUAUUCUUUCAGACCCUGAUAGAAACCACGAUAACUGUAGAAAUACAUCUCUUCAUACUUGUUCAAUACAAUGAUAAACAAUGCUCACACACUCGCUCAAAACUUUAUCCACUGGAAUUUUUUUGCCUCCUUUAAAAGCCUUUUGUAAAGUUAAUGUGUUUAUCUGUUGCAUAGGAAGUUUUUCAGGAAUGCAAUUGAAAAACCCUGCUUCUGUUGAUAAAAAUGUGUUUCUUUCUUAAUAGUUCAUUGCAAAAUAACCUUUUUAGCAUUGCUUGUAAAUCAUCCACACCCUCAGCGUUAAGUGUCCUUGACUUGGUGAUGGCAGUUCAGUUGGAAACUUAUUUUCACAGUUAAUACUGAUGUGGAACAUUGGUAGUGUCUCAUAGUUAAUAAAAAUGUUCUUGUUGUAUUAUCAAAAUGAUAUAUUAUGACGACAGAUAAAAGUGUGCGUGCGUGCGUGCGUGCGUGCGUGCGUGCGUGCGUGCGUGCGGGCGGGCGGGCGGGCGGGCGGGCGUGCGUGCUUGCGUGUGUGUGUCUUUGUGUGUGUGUGUGCUUGAGAGAGGAUUUCUACUAACAGACACUAUCCUGCAGCUGCCUGUAAUGUUGACUAAAUAAUCGCUGACCAUUACUGUGAAAUAGUGGGAGGUAAACAUUGCAAGUUUAUCUUCUUGUAUGGUAUGUUUUGUUUUUGUAUUGCUCUAUAAUUCUAUUGUGAGUUGUUUCCAUAUUCUACAAAUAUUUUCAACUGUGAAUUUAAUAAAAAUACGAUACAAAAAUAUAUCUUGUCAAAUUUCUUCAAACCUUUAGACAUAAACAUACCAUUGAUCUUACAUCUAGACCUAGACUUUGGCACAUGUUGCAUAACAAAACAUGCAUCACAUAUACAGUAUAUCAAUGGAAACGGUUUCUUUGAGCCACUUUUUCCACCAUGCCUGGAUGCAAGCAAAGGUGCCAGAUGUAUACCCAUAGGUCAUCUGUCCAAUUGGACUCAAUUGGAUCUUCUAAACCAAACCGUGCAGAGCCAUUGAGAGCCCAGCAUACCCUCUGUGCUUACGCAAUUGAAAAAAACAGAGAUCCCAUUUAAAAGCAUUUAACCAAUUCAAACUGCAAGUAUAAUCUGCUUUGCAUUGAAUUUUGUGCAUGUAAGAAGCCCUUUGUUUUAUGCCUGGAGAAGGUAGUGGCCAAUUAAUUGUGACUGAAAAUGAUGGACUGCUAACUCUUUCGCCUAUGUACCAGCAUAUCUCUUUCUGAUUCUCAGAUCUUUCUGUAUUUUGUUUGACAGGCACGUAUUAUAUUUAGCAUAUAGAAAAAUGUAUAUGGAACAACCCUUUGUUGUAUUGUGUGUACACAUGAGAGAUGUUGAAGUUUAAUAUGGAACAAUGUUUUGUUUUUAUAUUGCACUGCAUCCGUUCAGUAUCAAUAUUAUAAAAGGGCUACUGUCUACCAUAA